AUGGUGGAACAAUGGCACAAGAAUGGCAUCAAGCCCAGCGACACAAUGGCAAGAGAACUGAAAGUCGACCACCCCAGUCCUCGCGCGAUCCGAGAUAAGACCCGAGCGCUAGAGAAGGAGAUUGACAGGAUCCAGACUCCAAAUUACAAGCUAAACGAAGAGCUCCUUAGCUAUGACCAGGAACUCAGAAAAUCUGACGAGAAGAAGCAUUUGAAGGCAAAAGAACAGCUAUUGAAUCGCCAAGCGUUCCUCCAUGACAUCCAAACUUUUGAUCCAGGAUUUGGAAGGGUCUGGGCUGCCUCCGGCCUUAAAGUCGGACAGGCCCCAAGUAUCGAUGGCGGAAAUAAUGUUCUUCCCAGAAUAUAUGAUUGGGCUUUGAUCGAGAUUCCCCGUGAGCGGAUGGGAAAUAAUAUCACCCCCGAACGCCAUCGACUGAAGCAAUCACCUCUCCCUAAGCUUGAUGAAACAUUGGAACUGUGUAUAUCUGGGCAAAAGUCAGGGUAUUCCGAAGGGUACUUUUACUCCCUUCGCCCGGCACGCGUCCACCAUGAGAUCAUCGGUGGAAAGAAAGUCAUCACAACAAAAAUUGAGCAUUUAGUGAUAGCCAAUGGCGACAACGGCCCAUUCUUUUCAAAGCGCAGAGACUCUGGCUCGUUGGUGUGGUGA